AUGGGUAAACCUACCAAAUCGUACCAGUGCCAAAGAUGCGAUAGGUCGUUCGCCCGCUUAGAACAUCUCCAACGCCAUGAUCGUUCGCACACGAAAGAGAAGCCGUAUGUCUGCGACAAAUGUCCAAAAUCAUUUACGCGCAAAGAUCUUUUGGCUCGUCACGAACGCUUGUCGCACAGCUCCCCUACAUCAGGUGUGGGCCAGGAUGCCACAACUCCGCCUCCAUCUUCCCACCAGAUGUUUAAUGGGCUGAACAUGCUGGCAUCUGCCGUAACGACUCAUUCCGUGGAUUCAACGGGUCAAGGGAAUCAUAGCCUUCUAUCCGGAGGGCCAGCGCCUUUCUCAGCGCAAGCAACGCCGACAGCCGAGUCCUCUGGAUUCAGCGAGCCAUUUAGUGGAUUUGGUCCGUCUACUGCAUAUGAUGGGGAGGACUUCACGUCGUUUCUCGACAGCAUUCCCCUACCCAGCCACCCGUAUUCCCCUAGUUAUCAACCCCUUCCAUUGUUUCCGCCCUUUCACUUCGAUACGCCCCCUGUCUAUGAUCAGCCACAGAAGGAGAACCCGGCGGAAAGUGCCGAAACCCCUUCGAGCUCCAUUUUACCGCGGCACGGCACGCAGAUACCCUCACUUCAAACUGAGGAGUCUCCGACGACAUACAAAGCACGGCAACCUCCAACUUCGCUUUCCAUGACGACGCAAUGUAGAGAGCGCAUUGGUGUUCUUCUAUCUGAUUACUUGAAUGUCAUCCCGAACCCAUACGUCCCGUCUCGACAUGCCCUCUCACGCUGCCUGACCGGUUACCUCACCGGGUACCACGAACACUACCCCAUUAUACAUGUCCCCACCCUCGAUCUUGACUCCAAGUCAUUGCACUUGAUUCUAUCCAUGGCUAGUCUGGGCGCUCGGUAUUGCCGGGAGCCGGAAACGAGCACUGCACUCUACCAAGUCGCCAAGGCUGUGACGCUUGAACACAUCCGGAGAGAGUUCCAAUGGGUAGAGCCGAACAGCGGUAUCAACCCAAACCGGCAAUCACCGCAGUCGUCGGCAGCCCGAGAUCAGGAUCUUCUAGAGACGCUACAAGCACUCUUAAUGCUUGUAUCUGUAUCUUCCUGGCAUGAGCAUGAUCCGCCUUACGAGGAAUCGUUGUACAUGCGGAGUUACAUGGAAACGCUACUCAGACAGGGAGGACUCAAUGACCUUCCCGCGCAAGACGGAUCAUGGGAGAGUUGGGUACGGAGUGAAGAAACAAAGCGAACGCGACUGAUCGUGUUUUGCUACUUCAACAUUCAAACUAUUGUCUUCGAUUUGCCGCCUAUGAUGCUUACUGAGGAGUGUACGCUUAACCUCCCCUGCACUGAAGUUGAAUGGCAGGCCACAACCGCCAGCCAAUGGAUGGAGGAAAGGAGUCAGAGUCGAGGUGAACCAAAACUACAAGAUGCUCUCGCCUCGCUCUUCACGCAUAACCCGGACAUAGAAGGGCGACUGGAGAGCUUUUCCUCCUUAGGCGGCUACGUGCUCAUUCACGCAAUCAUUCAGAGUAUCUGGCUUAUUCAGAAGUCCCGCCGAUUGCCUGGUUUCAACGGAAAUUCCCUUUCUCCAUCCGAAGUGACUUCGUUAGAACUGGCAUUGGAACAUUGGUGCCAAUGCUGGGAGCGCAAUCGGGAAGCAUCCAUCGACCCCUUCAAUCCACAUGGUCCGUUAUCUUUCACAUCCGCUGCCCUCCUCCGAUUGGCCUAUAUCCGGUUGAACGCGGACUUCAGUUCCGCCCGACGGCUCCAAACCUGGAACCCGGAGGAGAUCGCCCGGUCCCUGAAAGAGAACCUCAGUGUCGAGCGCAAUGACCGGUUAACUCGAGCGGCGUUGCAUUGCGCUCACGCUUUAAGUACACCGAUCAAACUAGGAAUCAACUAUGUCGCUCAGACGCAAGUGCACUCCUGGUCGCUCCAGUAUGCAUUGUGCUCUUUAGAAUGUGCCGUUCUACUCGCCAAAUGGCUCGAAGAAGCCACGGUCGCAAGCCCCAACCCUAGUUUGACUGAACAGGAAAGCAAGCUUUUGGAGUUUGUUAUCGAGAUGGUGAUGGAGGCUCGACAUGGAGUAUCCCGGGAAUGGCUCUUGGCCAAUAAUACCCGUCUCAGUGCGAUUGUUACCCGGCUCUGGGCUCGACUGUUUACUGCAGAUUAUAUUUGGGAAUUGGUUAACUUGAUGGGUCGCGCUUUGAAUAGCUAUGCCGAUCUAUUGGAAAGGAUGCAUUAGGAUUGGUCUAUGGAAUAGAUACCCGAGCCUUUCUUCACCAAGCCUAUUUCAGAAGAAAAAGGCUAUCCUCCUGUGUCCG